AUGACGAUCUGUACUUAUAACGCACGUACGCUUGCAUCGGAAGCGGCCAUCGAAGAUCUGAUUAUGAAAUCCAAGAAAAUUAAGUACGACAUCAUCGGACUGACCGAGACGAGACGAAAUGCCGUAUACGAAACUGGAGAAGUACUGUUUUUAGGAACAUGCGACAGCAGAGGUGUUGGUGGAGUUGGCGUCCUCAUCAACACGAGUAUGGCAAAGAACAUCGACUCUUUCGAACAACUUAGGACCCGAAUCGGACGUCUGCAGAUGAGAAGAUGUGGUCCAACACCAGCUUUGACUAUCUUCGUCGCUUACACUCCAACAUCAAGCUACGACGAAAAAGAAGUCGAAGCUUUCUACAUGGACCUGGAGAAGUUCUACCGAGAAGAUCAUGCCUUCUACAAGGUCAUAAUUGGCGAUUUCAACGCCAAAAUUGGCCCAAAAAGAACGCCGGAGGAACUUCACAUCGGGACCCACGGCCUUCAAUGGAAUGACCAGGGGGAGAGGCUCUCCUACUUCAUCAUGACGACUAAGACCAUCCUUGGGAACUCGCAAUUCCAGAAGCCGUCCUCUCUACGGUGGACGUGGGAGUCACCCGGUGGAGGGUACCGUAAUGAAAUAGACCACAUCAUCGUCAAUAAAAGGUUCUGCCUGACGGACGUCGCUGUUGUACCAAAGUUCUAUACCGGAUCGGACCAUCGCCUCCUCCGAGGAAGAUUUUCCUUCACAAGGAGAGCAGAGAGAGCCGCCAAGUUCAGAUGGAGAAAUCCCAGGACUAUCAUCAACUGGGAUCUCUUCGCAACGUUAGCCGGCUUUUGGGAAGAUUCCGCAAUGGACAACAUCGACAAAGAAUAUGACCGGCUCGUUGAACACCUUCACAAUUGCACGAAGAAGGCUAAGAGUUUUAAAACCACCAAGAGACGCCUGUCACUUGAAACGUGGAGCUGCACGAGCCGCAGGAAGACCUUAAAAAGAGAAGAGCAGAAGUGCUGGCUGAAGCUGCAGAGGCGGGGAAAAGCAUCUGCCCGUGGAGACUUCGCCAGUCGCAAGACGAGUGUGACUGCUCUCCGCAACCCAAAGUUAACAACCAUUGCAUCGAAAAGGGGAAUGGAGAAAAUCAUCUACGACUUCUACUCUGAUCUCCGGCAAGGUUCUUUACACAUUACCUGUUGGAAUGCAAGGUUCCUAAACAGUGGAAGACCAGCAAGACCUCGUUGUUGUAUAAAAAAGGAGCUCCACAUGACAUCAGCAACUAUCGCCCAGUCUGCUUACUGUCCUUCAUCUAAAGGCUCUCUACGAGAGCGAUCCUUAAUAGGAUUGAAAGUCUUGGAUGAAGAACAGCCGUGCGAGGAAGCAGGAUUUCGAAAAGGAUUCAGCACGAUUGACCACAUUCACACUGUUUCGAAACUCAUCGAAGUAUCACGAGAGUACAAGAUGCCGCUCUGUCUCACCUUCAUCGACUUGAAGAAGGCCUUCGACUCAGUUGAGAUGGAAGCGGUCGUGGAAGCCUUGGACAACCAAGGCGUCCCUACUCAGUACAUAAAGGUACUUCGACAGUUGUACAGUAACUUCACGACCGGGAUUUCGCCAUUCUACAAGAAUAUCAUCAUUGAAGUGAAGAGGGACGUCCGACAGGAUGAUACAAUCUCACUAAAAAUAUUCACAGCCACACUCGAGAACGCGAUGCUAAAGUUGGAAUGGGACGACAUGGGGGUGAAGGUUGAAGGUCCACAGCUACACCAUUUGCUGAUGACAUCGUAUUGA